AUGAGAGGACUUCCGGCUGCUAGGGUGCGAUCAGCCUACGAAUUGCAUCGCUCGAGUAAACACGACGCCGCAACGUGUCUAAAUAAAAAUGCGCCCAUCCUUUUUCUGCACGGUUUUCUUGGCUCAAAACGAGAGAAUCGGCAAAUGAGCAGGAAUCUUGCCAAAGAAUUGUCACGCGAUGUUUAUGCUUUGGAUCUACGGAAUCAUGGCGAUUCAGGUCAUCACCCGAAGCAUGAUUACAUGGAGAUGGCAUUGGAUGUUGAAUCAUUCAUUGGUCAACAUGGGCUCGAGCGACCGACGCUGAUUGGUCACUCAAUGGGUGCGAAAGCGGCAUUGACCCUUGCUCUUCACUCACCUAAAUUAGUAUCUAAUGUGGUGGCCGUCGAUAAUUGCCCCAUCAAUUUGCCCGUGGCGCCGGAUUUCCUGAAGUACCUUGAGAGCAUGGCAAAGGCUGAGCGAGAAAAAGUUCGGAUGCAUGCAGAAGCUGACGAGAUUCUCCGUCAAUUUGACCUGGAUCCACCAGUCCGACUCUGGCUAUUGAGUAAUUUCGUCAAACAGAACGGCUCGCCUUACUUGAGACUACGCGUUCCUUUGGGUACCUUGAAAAAGGCGAUGGGGCCUCUGGGUGAUUUCCCAUAUAGCGUUGGAAACGUUCCAGCAUUCCCAGGACCAACCCUUUUCCUUCGAGCUCUUCAAAGCAAUUUUAUCCCCCAAAGUUCUUUCUCACUGAUUUCACAAUUCUUCCCGCAAUCGGAGAUUGUGGACAUGGACUGCGGGCAUUGGAUUGUGCAGGAUAAACCCCAAGAAUUCAAAGAAGAGGUGGUGAGAUUCUUGCAGAAGCACUGA